AUGCAAGGGAACAAGAUCUUAGUCGACAACAACGGUAAUGGCAUUAUAGCGGAAGGAGCGACCACAGGCGAGGCUGAGGCGCCUGUUGGGGAAGCCGCCAUGACAAUGCCCAAGCCAAGAGGUUAUCAGAAGGAAAUGUUGGCCGAGAGCUUGCGCCAGAACAUCAUUGUUGCGAUGGAUACUGGGAGCGGCAAGACACAAAUUGCCAUUAUGCGAAUUCAAGAGGAGCUGGGACGCUGUUCUCCAAACAAGGCAAGCCAUCUCGUUCUGCUUGUAUGGUUUAUUGCCCCCACAGUGGCUCUUGCUGAACAGCAACAUUCGGUCAUUUCUCAGCAGUUACCGGCUUUUCAAACUCGAAUUUUGUCGGGCAACGACAACGUCGACCAUUGGAGCUCGCAAAGUGUUUGGGAUGCGAUUCUCUUCAAUAUACGUAUCGUCGUCUCUACUCCUCAGGUGCUCUUGGAUGCGAUGUGGAGGGGUUUUGUCAAGUUGGACCGGAUAGCAUUGCUUGUUUUUGACGAAGGUGGUGUAAAAAAAAAGUUCCCAGUAGUUUACUUCUACCAUCCAGCUCGGAAAUCUGGGGAAACAACUGAACUCCCCGCGAUCCUUGGAUUGACCGCAAGCCCGGUCACAAAGGCGAAUAUUGCAGGCUUAAAAGAAAUUGAAGAAAUUGAAGAGAACUUGAAUGCAAUCUGUCGCACUCCAGUGAUACACCGCGAGGAGCUUUUGAAACAUACCCACCACCCUGAAGUAUCCACAGUGAUAUAUAAGGAGUACUUGGAGGAGCCCUCCGAGCUGUUAAAGACUCUCGAAAGGCUUCUUGAAUUGACGUUGGUAGAUAUAGAAAAUGACCCUUAUGUCAUAUCCCUCAAAGAGAAAAAGGAUGAGAAGAGCGAAGCAAAGCUACUGGAAGUUCUUUCUUCAGGGAAGACUCUCUGUCGGAAGGAGCUCAAGGGACUUCGAAAUCGUGCUCUUGUGAUCCACCGUGAACUCGGACCUUGGGCCGCAGACGUGUUUGUGACCACUUGUGCUGAGAGAUUCAUCGCCAACGUCUCUGCAGCAUCUGAAAACGACAUGUUUGCCGAAUGGGAAAUGGAAGAAAAGAUAUACAUGGUGAAACUAUUUUCUCAGCUACCACCCUCUCCGGUGAGCAGGCGUUGGGGAACUCAACCCGAUGUGUUGUCCCACAAAGCUGAACGGUUGGUUCAAGUAUUAUUAGAGUCAUAUAACCCAGGAUAUCGGGUUAUUGUCUUUGCCCAGCAACGCAGCACUGUAUUGAUGCUUGCGCAUCUUUUAUCCGUCCACCCAGGCAUGAAGGGAAUAGUGACGGGUCAUUUCCUUGGAUGUUCUAGCUUCGCUAGUCGCAAAUCGAAUAUUACUGAGCUAUCUGCUCCUCGAGAUCAAAAGGAUGCGAUCGACGAUCUACGGAUUGGAAAGAAAAACGUUCUUGUCGCAACCUCAGUUCUCGAAGAAGGUAUCGACGUAUCAGCAUGCAACGUCGUUAUUUGCUUUGAUCCACCGACGAAUUUGAGGUCCUUCAUUCAAAGAAGAGGCAGGGCCAGAGACAAGAAAUCAAAAUUUAUUAUAUUCCUUGAUGAGAAUGACAACAACAAGCAAGCAAAGUGGAAUGCAAUGGAGGAGGAAAUGAGAAAAGUAUACUCUGAUAAUAUGCGCCUGUUGAGGGAAAUCGAGGAGAAGGAAAAUAUUGAAGAAUACAGUCCGGAAUGCUUUCGUAUUCCGUCCACAGAGGCCAUUCUCAACUACCAGAAUGCACGCCAGUACUUGGCACAUUUCUGUUCUACUGUCUCCUGCCCCUAUACUGAGAAUCAACCGGACUUUGUUAUAUAUGAGGAUGACAAAGAUCUGGUCACGGCGAAGGUGAUUUUACCCAGCUUUCUGGACCCAUCUCUUCGGGAGGCAAAGGCAAAAUCCAGUUGGGUUACAGAAAAGAUGGCAAAAAGAGACGCUGCGUAUCAGGCGUAUUUAUCGCUUUACAAAGCAGGUCUGGUGAACGACAACCUGAUGCCCAUUCAUUGCGAGAAAUACAUGGACGACGCCGAGCCGACUGAGAAGCAAGUAAAGCUUGUCCAGAUAUCACCAUGCUUCGAUCCCUGGGUUGAAAUAGCCCACAUGCGCAGGUCGAAUCUACCUCUCUUCCAGACCAGGAUAGAGUUCUCAUCGGACGUUCUGGUAUUGCCUCAGAUGCUCAUACUGCUUCCGAAACCUUUGCCUUGUGAAUUGACAUUUGACCUGUUUUGGAAUGAGGAAACUACUAUCACCGUAUGCCUCCGGCCGGUGAAAGAUGGCUGUCUGGAUGUAGAAGCCCAUCACGCUGCGGAAUUUUCGUAUAUAUUGCUGUCUUCAGUUUUCCAGAGACGAAUGACUCCCGAUCGCAGCGAUCUUGUUACAUUGUUUUGGCCGAAACUGGAACCUUCACUCGCCAACGUUGAGACCUGGCUUUCGUCAAUAACAGGCACAUUCAUGGCUGAAGAGAUAAUGGACAUUCAUAAUUUGGAAAUGCUUCAACAAUUAGGGUUGGCUCGGAAUAUAGAGUAUGGCCGCCGUCCCUUUGCCAUUGAGAAGACUCUAUACAAGGUGACCGUGGAUGAUGAUUUCGUCAGCGGUGAUGGUACUGCUCAAUCACGAGAGGAAUUGCAUCUCCAAGGCACUAAAAUUCCGAAACGCACUGAUUUUCUACACCCGGUAGCUGGCGAUGCAAAGUCGCGGUUGCAUCAUACUGCUAAACAAUGCGUCGCUGCUCGUUCCUGUGCCAUCAAUCGGCUUCCGGCGACGUACUCGAGAUUUGCACUUUUCGUACCUUCAAUUACCCACAAGAUCGAAAUCUUAUUUGUGGCAGAGAAGUUAUCACAAACAAUCCUUGCUCCGGUGGGCUUUGAGAAUUUACAUCUUGUGGUUACCGCUAUAAGCGCUUCGUCAGCAAGAGAGGCAACAGAUUACCAGCGGUUCGAAUUUCUGGGCGACAGUCUCUUGAAAUUUCAUACUUCGGUCCAUCUGACCGCUAUGAAUCCUAUUUGGCACGAGGGACUCCUAUCAUGCGCGAAAGACAAGAUUGUCUCCAACACUCGACUGUCAAAGGCGGCCCUUGAUCUCGGUCUGGAUGCGUAUAUCUUGACCAAAGCAUUCACAGGAAUCAAAUGGCGACCAAGCUAUGUCUCAGACCUUUGCGAACCCCACUCAAGAAUGGGCAACAAGAGGGAGUUGUCAAGUAAAGUGCUUGCAGACGUGGUGGAAGCGAUAAUUGGCGCUGCAUACCUCGAUGGCGGUAUCGAAAAGUCGUCCAGAUGUCUUCCUAUCUUCCUGCAGGAAGUGGAAUGGAUCUCUAUGGAUGGUGCGAUUGAGAAACUCUACCAGAGAGUGCCAACACCAAAUGAUCUCGUUUGUCCCUCAGUGUUGCCUCAGAUAGAAGCACUCCUUGGAUACACGUUUUCCAAGAGGAUCCUCCUGGUUGAAGCUUUGACACAUCCCUGCAGCAAAGAUCACACUGUGUCUUACCAAAGACUGGAAUUCCUAGGAGAUUCGGUUCUUGACCACCUAGUCGUUCAAGAGUUGUUCAAAUCUCCAAGAGAAAAAUCCCAUCAAGACAUGCACCUUAUGCGAACGACACUCGUUAACGCGGACCUCCUGGCCUUCCUCUGUAUGAACCUCUACCUGGAGGAGGACCGCGAAGACCCUGUGGAGCAGGGCCAGGCUCAUCUCUCAACAAUUCGCACCACACGGAAGGUCUAUCUAUGGCAAUUCAUGAGACAUUCAGCAUCUUGGGAAAUCACGACUGCGCAACAACAGGCACUCAGAAGAUACGAGGAUCUUUGUGACGAGAUCCACGAGGCGCUGGCUCACUCUGCCAUGCACCCUUGGGCAUUGCUGUCGAGACUCGAGGCAGGGAAAUUCUUCUCUGACCUGAUCGAAAGCAUUUUGGGUGCCAUCUUCAUCGACUCACACGGCUCUUUAGACACAUGUCGACAGUUUCUGCACCGCAUUGGGUUCAUGUCAUACAUGCGACGUGUUGUCAACGAGGAGGUUGAACUGCUACAUCCGCGGAAUCGUCUACAGCAUGCUGCGGGAUCGGCGAAAGUAGAUUUCAAUACGAGGGCGGAAAGAGUACAGAAUGGGGCGGGAGAAUCCAAGCUCCAGUGGACUUGCAGUGUUCGAGUGGGUGACGAGGAUAUCAUCGAAGUUGGCGACGGGUUGAAUAGAGUCGAGAUCGAGACCAAGGCUGCCGCCGUCGCGGCAGCUAUCUUAGAGGCGAGGGCAGCAGUGGAGCCGGUUACGGGGUCGAGCGAGACGAGCCCUGAUCAGAUUCCAAACCACUCGUCUGGGAUGGAUCUGACCGCUGACUAG